CGACAUUAAUGGCGGAAAGACAGAGAGAAGAGGGAAGCUUAAAAGAAAAAAUCGGUUUUGUAAUAAUGAAAAUGAAAAGACGAGAGAAGAGGCGAAGCCACCUCCGAGCGGGAUUAAGAUUUUCCUUCGCCCCUCCGAGCUGCCCUCUCUCUCUCUCGGCUCUUCUGGCAUCCCAAUUCAAAAAUUUGACUCCUCAUUUCGCUGGGGGAGUCUCAGGGUUGCGAUCUCAGGGGGGAGCUUACACAGUGUAUUAGGGUUGCUGCUGGGGGGAAGAAGAAGAGGAAGACAAAAUGGGGGUUAUGUCGAGACGGGUCUUGCCCGCCUGUGGCAAUAUAUGUUUCUUCUGUUGUCCUUCCUUGAGGGUUAGGUCUAGGCAUCCCGUUAAACGCUACAAGCAAAUGCUCGCCGAUAUUUUCCCUCGUAAUCAGGAUGCUGAGCCAAAUGAUAGAAAAAUAGGCAAGCUUUGUGAGUAUGCGUCAAGGAAUCCUUUACGAAUCCCAAAGAUUACAGAGUACCUUGAGCGCAAAUGUUACAGAGAAUUGCGAAAUGGGAAUAUCGGAUCAGUUAAAGUCGUCUUGUGCAUUUACAAGAAACUGCUUUCAUCGUGUAAGGAGCAGAUGCCUUUGUUUUCGUGUAGUUUGCUAAGCAUUGUCCGAGCUCUUUUGGAGCAAACAAAAGAUGUAGAAGUGCAGAUCUUGGGUUGCAUUACCCUUGUUGACUUUAUAAGCUUACAGACUGAAAAUUCACAUAUGUUCAACUUAGAAGGUCUAAUCUCCAAACUUUGUCAACUUGCUCAAGAAAUGGGGGAUGAUGAAAGACUGCUCAGAUUACGGUCCGCAGGAAUGCAGGCUUUGGCAAUCAUGGUAUCUUUCAUUGGUGAGCAUUCCCAACUAUCAAUGGACUUGGAUAUGAUUAUUUCUGUGAUUCUGGAGAAUUAUAUGGACUUAGAGAAUGGCCAAGAAGAUACCAACGAACUUGGUGAGAUUUCAGAAACUAAGGCUCCUAACAUGAGGAAACAUGUUUCGUUCAAACUUAAUCCUGUGACUGAUUAUAACUUGGAAAACAUGGAUAAUUCGAGGAUCCCUUCGUACUGGUCUAUGGUUUGCCUCUGCAAUAUAGCCAAAUUAGCAAAGGAGACUACAACUGUUCGUCGGGUUCUGGAACCGCUUUUGAAUGCUUUUGACAGUGGGGAUUACUGGUCUCCACAGAAGAGCGUCGCUUCUUCUGUUCUACUGUUUCUGCAGUCUCGUCUGGAAGAAUCAGGAGAGAACUGUCAUGUGUUGGUGUCUUCUUUGAUCAAGCACUUGGAUCACAAGAAUGUGAUCAAGCAACAGAGUAUUCAAGUCAACAUGGUUAACAUAGCCACAUGCCUUGUCCUGCAUGCUAAGCAGCGGGCUUCAAGCGCGAUGACUGGUGUAAUAGCUGAGUUGAUUAAGCACUUGCGGAAAUGCCUGCAAAACGCAGCCGAAUCAGAUCUGUCUGCUGAUGAGACGAAGCAGAACUCUGAGCUUCAGCAUGCGUUAGAAAAUUGCAUUGCAGAGCUCUCAAAUAAGGUUGGGAAUGCAGGGCCCAUUCUUGAUAUGUUGGCGGUUGUUCUUGAGACGAUAUCCACUAAUGUACUCGUUGCUAGGACCACAGCAUCAGCCAUCCUCCGUGCUGCACAUAUAGUAUCAGUGGUCCCAAAUGUUACUUACCACAAGAAAGUGUUUCCAGAUGCCUUGUUUCACCAAUUGCUCCUUGCGAUGUCACACGCAGAUUCUGAAACUAGAGUUGUGGCACACAAUGUAAUCUCCGUCCUGCUUCUUGGAACUCUUUGUUUGCCUUGGUCUGACAAACAUAAGGAAGGCUCGGAUGCUGUUUCUGAGACAUUGUCUGUCGAUACACGACAUACAAGUCUUAGUUGUCAGUAUUUGAGUAGCUUAGAGGAGGUAGAUGGUGGUAUAACGUCGUUAUGUUCACUCCGACUCAGUAGUAAUCAAGUGAAUAUGCUCCUUUCAUCUAUAUGGAUCCAAGCAACUUCUACCGUGAAUACCCCUACGAAUUUUGAGGCUAUGGCCAGCACGUAUAGUACCAUUAUUUUGUUUUCACUAGCAAAGAGAUCAAAGCACAUGGCUCUGGUCUGGUGUUUUCAGCUAGCAUUCUCUCUUCGAAAUCUCUCAUUGAAUCAAAAUGGUUUGCAGCUCUCUCGUAGAAGAUCAAUCUUCACGUUUGCAUCAUACUUGCUCAUUUUUAGUGCCAAGAUCUCCAAUAUACCUGAGCUAAUUCCAAUAGUCAAAGAAUCUUUAACUGCCCAAAUGGUUGAUCCUUGUCUUGUGCUGGAAGGAGAUAUCAGACUGCGUGCUGUGUGUUCUGGAUUUCCACAGGAAGAAGUUGCAGCUUUUGGAUCUGAGAAAGAUGAUAGUGCUGCUGCUCUCAACUCGUCAGUGAUUGUCACAAAUGAUAGUCGCCUCAAGGAUAUCGUUAUCACUCAUUUUACAUCGAAAUUUCAGACAUUAUCCGAG